GAUUAAUGUCUUGCAUCUUCAACCAACACAAGAUGCUUGAAGAAGAGUGUACAGACGCUUAUCCUAGAGAGGAAACUUCAGAAGACAUCAGACCCCAAACAGGGCACAGAGGUUAGAAACUGCCAAAACUGCAUCUAGAAGUGUGCUGAGCCAUCGUGCGCCAUGAAGCUGGUACCCUGGCUCUGAUCUAUUCACUAGCAGUGAUGUAGCCAUGGACUAUCUGCUCGUGAGGCUGCCUGUCUUUUAGAAGGUACAUCUUCAGGAAGAAAAACAGUAAAUAUCCCGCAACAAAUGGAUACUUUGGCCUAUGGAACCAAUAUUUCAGAGAAGGAGACAUUAAGUGUUGGUAUGUUAGAAAAGGUGGAGCAGCUGGAAAAAGAAUGUAGUGUGAAUAGGUCCUGGCGUAAUGAUUGUGAGGCUCGACUACAGUUUCUGGAGAAGUGCUGCAGUAUAUUUUCUGGAAGGGCCAUCCAAAAAGAGGCUCGAGAGAAAGAAGAAUGUGAGAAGCUCAAGGAGAAGAUCAGAAAGCUAGAGGCACGAAACCAAUAUCUCUUGUCUCAAGCAAUGAGCAUGCACAAGCAGUCUGAGAACAUCAAUGACCCUCUGCGCUUGUCUGCUGUGCUGGAAAUGUUUAAGAAGCUUAAGUUACAAGAAUGGGGGAAGUGCUGGAACAGCUCAGCCCGUUGGUCCUAUAAAACUGCCAGCAUCAUAAUUCAGAAGCUGUUUGAUGCCUGCGAGAGAGAUACUGAGAUGAGAAAAACUGACAUAUGCCAAACCCUUGGCUUUCCACCUCCAGAUUAUGCUGCAAACAGCUACAUACAAGAGCAGAUGUGUGGACAGAUGCUAGCUAUUUUGAAACUCUUAAGAUAUAGUUAUUACCAUAACGACUCAGUCAUUUGCAAAAUUAUUACGCACGCUAACGUUUCUCCGAGAAAUGCGGAUCAAGAGCAAUUUGCAAAGACCUGCUGCAGAGUUUUCUGUCUGCUGCUUCUUCAGGACUCACCAGUUAAGGCUGUGUGGGACAUACGCGACUGCUCUCUGCAACAUGUAGAGCUCGUGGACCAGCAAGACAUAAAGUACUUUAAAAAAUCAGAGCUUCAGAUCCUAUGGCCCUUACUGAUGGAUGGGAAAAUUGUCAUUGAGAGAGGUGUAGCGUGGAAUGAAAAGUAACAAGGCUCUAAUGUCAAGCUUAUACUUAUAUGACCAUGAGAAGAUGAAAUAGCUGUUGUGCAAUUUGUUGCUUUUCUUUCUCCUAUGAGCAGCCUGCUUCUCAUAUCUAGUUAAAUCUUUCUGGCUUGGGACACCAAGAAUAAACUAUUAUUGACAAAGAACCUA